GAAGCCCGGCCCUGGAAGAACGCGUUUUAGCUUUUGCCCGGGCUUUGCCGCCUUGUUUUCCACGUCCAGACAUUGUGGCUUCCUAACAGAAGAGGCAACAAACCACAGAAUGAAGAAAAAAAGUGUGCUCGAUGGAGGAAUAAGAAGCUAAUUAUAGUCAUAGGUAGAAUUGUAAAUGGCGCAGUUUGAUUGGUUAAAAUUAUUAUUAGAAAAGCCAACCAAUUGGAAAGGAAAUAAAGUGAAAGCUACUUUAAAUAUUUGCGUCACUAAUACAGUGGCCAAUCAGAGCUCGAUUUUUUCAAUUCUCUAUUUGCAUAAAAGGCCUAUAAAAGGAGAGCCUGUAGACACGGGCCCUUACUGAAAUAUUUCCUUUCUAAUUGUUCUUUUCUUCUGACAACAUGCCUGAGCCAGCUAAGUCAGCUCCUGCUCCAAAGAAAGGAUCCAAGAAGGCGGUAACGAAGGCGCAGAAGAAAGACGGCAAGAAGCGCAAGCGCAGCCGCAAGGAGAGCUACUCCGUGUACGUGUACAAGGUGCUGAAGCAGGUCCACCCCGACACCGGCAUCUCCUCCAAGGCCAUGGGCAUCAUGAACUCCUUCGUCAACGACAUCUUCGAGCGCAUCGCGGGCGAGGCUUCCCGCCUGGCGCAUUACAACAAGCGCUCGACCAUCACCUCCAGGGAGAUCCAGACGGCCGUGCGCCUGCUGCUGCCCGGGGAGCUGGCCAAGCACGCGGUGUCGGAGGGCACCAAGGCCGUCACCAAGUACACCAGCUCCAAGUAAAUGCCUGUGUAGGCACUUUCAAACCCAAAGGCUCUUUUAAGAGCCACUCAAAUAUCAAAUAUGGAGCUUUAAUACUAAAUUCCACCGUU